CGUAAAUCGUUGGAUCAAAUCAUAUUAAAUUAUUAUCACUUACAUGAUUAAUUAAUCAUUUAAUUUUAUUUUUGCUAACUUCAUUGGACCAUAGCUUUUUAGUCUAACCCCAAACCCUUGUCAUGAAAUAAAAAAAACUCAUUAAGGAUCCAUCUUUUUUUUCCAAGAAUACUCGGUGUUGACCUUAAUGUCAUUCAAAAACAGAGCCAAAAUCUAAAAAGGAGCAUACUAAUUUAAUUAUAUUUUUGCUUCUUAGACAAGUUGUUUAAUUUGAUGCUGUCUAGAAAUUCUGAAACAUUUACGAUAUAAAUAGAAUCGAGAGACUCGAAGUUCGAUGUUAUAGAGUCGUCUCGAGAUGGUGAGGCAACAAAUAUCCUGGAAUAAAACAUUUCUAAAAAAAGGAAUAUGGAGCCCUGACGAAGAUCAGAAGCUGAUUGCUUAUAUAAAGAGAUAUGGCAUUUGGAAUUGGAAUGAAAUGCCCAAAUAUGCUGGUUUGUCCAGAUCAGGGAAGAGUUGCAGGCUUCGUUGGAUGAAUUACUUGAGGCCUAAUCUAAAGCGUGGAAACUUCACCAGGGAGGAAGAAGAAACUAUAGUCCAACUGCAAAAGAAGCUAGGAAAUCGAUGGUCGGCAAUUGCUGCAAGGCUGCCGCAAAGAACUGACAACGAUAUAAAAAACUACUGGAACACUCGCUUGAAGAAAACAGUAGAGAAGAACAAUAUUUCAGCAUCAGGAAACACAUCACCUACAGAAAUCAAUUCAGGUAUCGAAGCCAAGCAGGAGAAUUCGUCUCACGCUGAAUUCUCAAUGUUCCUCAAGACUUUGCCGGACUCACCAAUUCCUACAUUGGAUGACUUCCCCGAACCUGCAGCCACUGAUAGUUAUACCAUGGACGACAAUUUUGUUUCAUCUGAUUUUCUGGAGCAGCAACUGAUGACAGUAGUAACUCUGGACAACCAGGACUGCCAAGCUAUGUCACCAAAUCCUCAGCUAUGGCUACAUGAACCCAUAUUUGAAUGCGAUUCCUACUAUGAUCCUCUGGAUGACUUCUGGCUCAAUCCAUUUAUUUAGUGCAUAAAGAGUGAGAGCUGAUCCCUUUGCCCUGCUUCUAAAUUCGAUUUCAAUAAGUAUUACUAUUAUAAU